AUGUUUGAAGCCACGGGUCUCCCCUCAGGUUCAUUCUCCUCUUCUUCAUCUGGUCUGAGCAACGGACCAUCUUCCCCCUCCACAUCACCACGUCCAACUAGUCUCAAUAAUCGUCAGAUUGAACCUCCAGGCCGAUCAGCUCAGCUGAUCCCUACACCCUGGCAACUUUUUUUGCAUCACUUGCUUCCUGCCCCGCUCGCAGGACUACUGCACGGCUCAGACAGAAGCGAUUUGAAGGCCGAUGCUCAGGGUGACCAUUCCGUUAGAGUGAGUGUUGGUAAACGUGGAGCUAGUCAAACGUCCUCCACUUCUUCGUCUGCCGCUGCAACCACUUUCUCCUCCUUGGAGCGUGCUGCCAUGGCAGCUGCGCCCAACCCAGCUCAAGGGCUGGGAUUGACGCCACAUAUCGUGCAACGAGCCUACAUAUUAGGCACUCCGGCUAGACCAGGAGGAUCAGCUGUUUCCAUUACAGAACGGGGGAUCACGGCUAAAUCAAUUUUAUUUGCCUUGGAAAAUGGAGGCAUUAUUGAAUUGCCCAAGACUAUUUUGGAUCCUCGUCGCUCGCUCGAAAUGACUCAGGAACUACAAGAAGAGGGUCUUGAACCUUAUAUGCCUGAAUUGCCCUUAAGCACCUAUGCCAUCAUCACUUACAACCAGAGUGUACAGGCCAUCCGCAGGAUUCACACAGCCCCCUCGGGCCUCGAAUCCACCAGCCUACUUUUUGCCUAUGAUUUGUUCUUCACACGAAUUGCUCCAUCGAAAACCUACGAUCUGCUCAAGGACGAUUUCGACCACACUUUUAUAUUAACCGUCACCCUUGGAAUGAUAGUU